AUGGAUGUUCCCGAGCCCGAGCAGACGCCGUUCACGGCGGUGACAGCGCAAACCUCGAAGCUCGCGCGCCAAUACCAAACCUACCUCGACGGUUUGACACCCUUCACCACCUACCGCUGGGUCGGCACAGUCGUCCUCCUUCUCGUCUUCUUCCUGAGAAUCGUUCUGGCUCAGGGAUGGUACAUCGUCGCAUACACGCUCGGCAUCUACCUGCUGAACCUCUUCCUGCUCUUCCUGCAACCCAAAUUCGACCCCUCACUCACCCAGGACGAAGGUCUUGAGGACGGUGACGCCGCCGCCAGCCUCCCCACCAAGCAGGACGACGAGUUCCGUCCUUUCAUCCGCCGCCUCCCCGAGUUCAAGUUCUGGCACUCGGCCACCCGCGCCAUCGCCAUCGGCUUCACCUGCUCGUGGUUCUCCGUCUUCGAUAUCCCUGUUUUCUGGCCCGUUCUGGUGGUCUACUGGAUCAUCCUGUUUGUGCUCACGAUGCGACGCCAAAUCCAGCAUAUGAUCAAGUACCGCUACGUGCCUUUCUCCUUCGGAAAGACCAGAUACGGCCGGUCAUAA